GUAAUUGUUCUCUGUCGACAUGGGGGCUGCCGCGUCUGGAGUUAGCACGCAAAUGCAAGCGGAACACGAUCCGAAUGCCGCGUUUCCAUGGUGGGUUCGCUUCCUGGCAAAAGGAGUCGCCAUCCUCGGAGGUUUCCUCUCCCUAUUCUUCGGAGUCCUCGGCCUGAUCACUCUCUCGGCGACAUGCAUGGUGGCCAUUCUUCUUCAAAUGACAGCUGGAGCAUUAGUCAUUGCGCUGGAGGCCCCAUUCUGCUGCCAAUUCGUCGACUUCAUCGAGAAGAUUGCCCGUUUCAGCGAAUCGCGUGCUCUCUGGCACAAGGCUGCUAUCUACGGAGCCAUGGGACUCAUUCCAAUCUUCCUGUGCAUCGAGCUCAACACUAUCCUUGGUAGUGGAACCAUCUUCGCCUCGGGUGUUAUUUACGGAUUCAUGGCGUUGGGCAAAAAGGCGGACCGCAGUAAUAUGAUGGCCGCUGGAGAUCCGGCGUGGAGCCCACAGGUCAACCAAUCCAACAUUCCAUAAAUUCCUAAAAGUCAUUUCUUCCCGCCCUCAACCCAUCCAGUAAUUUUCACUUUGUCUGUCCAUUUUCACUAUAUAUUUAUGUUUUCAAGUAUUUAUUUCUCAUACAUCUUUCCUCAUCUGCUUUACUCUCCCCCCUCCUCUCACUUAAGCGUUUUAUCUUCCUAUGCAAUUUGACCACGACCAACUAGUUUGGAUCUGAUUUUUUUUCUUCUUUUUUAUUUAUUGAUAGUUUCCUUUUUUCUCACUAUCUCUUCCCAAUUAUCUGAACAAAACGUUUUGUUUAUACAUUUGUAUGCAGAGAAUCUCUCGUUUCAUUUCCGAGUUGUGCACCGAAUACGAUCUGUUGUGAAGUUACAAUAAAUUGGUUCGUAGUUUUCAU